AAGGAGCUGGAAGUGGAACCAUCUAGAAGUUCGGCAAAGGGGGGUUUAAGCUUUGCGUUUUCACAAGCUUCCUCUUCCCUUAUCUUCCAAACCAUCACUUGACGACUCGCUGAAAUCCUUUGUUUUCCUUCUCCUUCUCUGUCGUCGCUUCUUCCAUGGCGUCUAUGUUUGUUGCACUGCCCAAAUCAUUUCCUCUACACACAACCAGCUCUCCUCAUCGCUCUACACAUAUGCGUUUAGGGUCCGUAAGGAGUUCUUUGAGAAUCAAUGCUAUUGCGAAGAAAUGGGAACCUACUAAGGUUGUUCCGCAGGCAGAUAGAGUGCUUAUCCGUCUCGAGGAGCUACCCGAGAAAUCAGCCGGUGGGGUUUUGUUGCCCAAGUCAGCCGUUAAAUUCGAGAGGUAUCUAAUGGGGGAGAUUCUCUCUGUUGGUGCUGAAGUUGGGGAAGUGGAUCCUGGAAAGAAGGUUCUUUUCUCAGAUAUAAAUGCUUAUGAGGUUGACUUGGGAACAGAGGCCAGGCACUGCUUCUGUAAAUCAAGUGACUUGCUCGCUGUGGUUGAGUGAAGGUUAGAUGAUUUUGCUAUGUCGCACCAACUCCUCUGGCAGCUAUAGGGUCGAUCUCUGUUUUGUAGAUUAGUCUGGUAAGAGUUGUUAGCAGAAUUCCUUUUAAUCUGUAAUAGCACAAGGCAUUUUUAUAUUUUACAGGAUAACAUUGGAUGCACUAAUAUUCUUGACUUUGGGCUUGAAUGAUUGUAUUUAAAGUGGUCUUGGGUAAUGGUCGUGGUCGAGUUGGUAGCAACAGGAAACUGGGAGCUUCUCUUGUCAUCUUAUUAUAACACCAGACAGGAUAAAACCAGAGUGAGAGGUUAUUCUGAUCUUUGUUUAACUGA